CUGAAAGAUGACCAAAAAGGUCAUUCCCCCCUAUCGACCCACCUGACAGCCGGGCUUUCCGGGUUGAAACCUAGCAAGUUAUUCUGGAAGACUGGCCUGACCUUGCCGAGGCACAAUCAUGAGAGUGUAGAUAGGUACCUCAAGCUCGUAUCUCUCUACAUACCGUGCCACCAGCAUUUACCACGUGUACUAAUUGUUCCGAGUACAUUGGGCUGGUGCACUGAAACCACAUCUACCCACUCCCCACAGAAUGAAACUAGGCAUUGGUGGGGCUCCUUACGAUGGCCCCCCAAGGGUCGACGCCUCAUGCAACAAAACACCUGCCGGUGUGUUCAGAGUCAGGUAAUGCAUGACGGUAUAUAGUAGAGUAAUAUUGAUCUUUUGUACCAUUAUUUAUUUAUAAGGUUUCUGAACCCUCGUUGCAAGACGACUGGCUUCAUGGCCUUGACAACCAACCUGAACCUUUUCAGCCAACAUCUGCUUGAAUAAACAUCGAGCAGCAUGUCUACCUCUGACGACCAAACAGUCCCAGUUCCCGAGCCCCAGGGAUUGCCUAUCUUGGGCAACAUUGGCGCAAUUGACAAUGAAUUUCCCUUGGGAUCUUUGCUGUCGAUGGCCAGCAAGCAUGGCGAAAUCUGGAGGAUGAGGUUUCCGGGCAAGUCCUUGGUAUUUGUUACAACGCAGGCUUUGGUCAAUGAAGUUUGCGACGAAAAGCGCUUCUACAAGUCAAUCAACCCGACUCUCAAAGAAGUCAGGGGAGGCACCCAUGAUGGCUUGUUCACGGCGUAUCCUGACGAGGAGAAUUGGGGCAUCGCCCACCGCGUCCUGAUGCCCGCUUUCGGACCACUCUCUAUCAGGAACAUGUACGACGAGAUGCAUGAUAUUGCCUCUCAGCUCGCACUCAAAUGGGCGCGCUACGGCCCUAACUCGCCAAUCAUGGUGACCGAUGACUUCACCAGGUUGACCCUCGAUACGCUGGCGCUGUGCUCCAUGGGCUUCCGAUUCAACAGCUAUUACUCGACUGAGAUGCAUCCCUUUAUUGAUGCCAUGGGCGACUUUCUUGUCGAGUGCGGCAACCGUGGGAGGAGGGCUCCGUUGCCGUCCAUAUUUUACCGUACCCAGGACCAAAAGUUCGAUGCGGACAUUGAGGUCCUCCGGAGAACGGCACGCGAAGUGCUCGAGGCUCGCAAAGCCGGUGAGGGCGCCGACCGUAGGGAUCUUCUUCACGCCAUGCUUAGUGGUGUCGAUUCCAAAACCGGAAAAAAGAUGACGGACGAGAGCAUCAUGGACAACUUGAUCACUUUCCUGAUUGCAGGCCAUGAGACGACUUCAGGACUGCUUUCUUUUGUCUUUUACGAACUGGUGAAACACCCGGAAUAUUACGAAAAGGCACAACGUGAGGUUGAUGAGGUUAUCGGCAAGGGUCCCAUCACAGUCGAGCACAUGUCCAAGCUCCCCUACCUGAACGCCAUCCUGCGCGAAACCCUGAGGGUCCAUGCCACUAUUCCCAACAUUACGGUUGCGGCUCGCGAGGACGACGUACUUGGCGGCAAGUACAAGGUCAACAAGGACGAAGUCAUUGUGCUUUUGCUGGCCAAGUCGCAAGUCGACCCCCGAGUCUGGGGCAACGACGCCGACGAGUUCGUUCCCGAACGCAUGCUCGAUGAGAAUUUCGAGCGCAUAACCAAGGAGUUCCCCAACUCUUGGAAACCAUUUGGCAACGGCAUGCGUGCCUGCAUCGGCCGGCCGUUUGCUUGGCAGGAGGCUUUGUUGGUCACGGCCAUGCUCCUCCAAAAUUUCAACUUUGUUCUUGCUCCCAACUACCAGUUCGCCUUGAAGCAGACCUUGACCCUCAAGCCCAAGGAUCUAUACAUGCGCGCCAUCCUCCGAGACGGACUCAACCCGACCACUUUAGAGCGCCGCCUACAAGGUUUGAGCCAGGAAGACAGCGCCGGCACCAAAGAGGCGAGCGGUGCGGGUGCGGCCCCGGCCGACGCCACCGGCGUCCCUCUGACCGUCCUGUACGGGUCCAACAGUGGCACCUGUGAGGCGCUGGCCCGCCGCAUCGCCACGGAUGCCCCCUCGCACGGCUUCCAUGCCGCGACCGUCGACUGCAUGGACAGCGCCAAAGGCAAGCUUCCCACCGAUCAAGCCGUCGUCAUCAUUACUGCAUCGUACGAGGGACAGCCGCCAGACAACGCCGGCCAUUUUGUGGCGUGGCUCGAGGCCAGCGACAAGGCCGCAAAGCCCUUCAAGGAUGUCUCUUAUGCCGUCUUUGGCUGUGGUCACAAGGAUUGGGCACAAACGUUCCACCGUGUCCCCAGGCUUGUGGACGAUUCGCUCCAGGAGCUGGGUGCAUCCAGGCUCGUCGAGUCCGGCCUGAGCGAUGUGUCGACUGGUGCUGUGUUUUCCGAUUUCGAGUCGUGGGAGGACGACAAGCUCUGGCCUGCCCUUGCGUCGCGGUACAAGGUCAGCUCCAAAGAUGUGGCUGCUGAGAAUGCUACCGAAGCUUCGGCUGUUAAGGUCCACGUCAGCAACCCGCGUAUUUCCACGUUGCGGCAGGACGUCAAGGAGGCUCGCGUCAUCGAAGCCAAGGUUCUCACCUCAGGACCCCAGUCUACCAGUGAAGGGGGCAGGCAGUUCAAGAGGCACCUGGAGAUAGAGCUUCCCGAGGGCAUGGAGUACUCUGCUGGUGACUACCUGGCCGUGCUUCCCGUCAACCCCAUCGACACCGUUCUGAGGACUUUACAUCGCUUCGGUCUCGCACGCGACGCCCACGUCACCAUCGAGAUGUCCAGCAACCAGUCUACCGCCCUGCCCACCAACACGUCUGUUCCUGCAUUUGAGCUGCUCAGUUCGUAUGUUGAGCUGUCGCAGCCGGCGACCAAGAGAAAUCUGUCUGCGUUACAAGAUGCAGCCUCCGACGAGGAGACCAAGUCCCAGCUUGGCAAACUUUCAGGCGAUGAUUUUGCCGACGAGGUUGGAGCAAAGCGGGUGUCGGUGCUCGAUUUGCUGGAGCGUUUCCCUGCCAUUGACCUUUCGAUCGGCGAUUUCCUCUCCAUGAUGCCGCCGAUGAGGGUGCGCCAAUACUCCAUCUCAUCCUCUCCGCUUGCGAACCCAUCCAGAGUCACCCUUUCCUUCUCAGUCCUCGACGCCCCGUCCCUCUCCGGUCAGGGUCGUCACAUCGGCGUCGCAUCGAAUUACUUGAGUUCGCUCAACGCCGGCGACAGCCUGCACGUCUCGGUCCGCCCGUCGCACGCAGCCUUCAGCCUGCCGUCCGACCAGGAAAGGACACCAAUCAUCUGCGCCGCGGCCGGCACGGGCCUCGCACCGUUCAGGGGUUUCGCCCAGGAGCGCGCGGCCAUGAUCUCGGCCGGGCGGAAGCUCGCCCCCUUCCUGUUCUACUUUGGCUGCCGCGACCCGGACUUUGACGACCUGUACCGCGAGGAAUUCGACGAGUGGGAGAAGCUGGGCGCCGUCGAGGUGCGCAGGACGUACAGCCGCAAGCCCGAGGCCAGCGACGGCUGCAAGCACGUGCAGGACCGCAUCCUCGCCGACGCCGAUAGGCUCCUGGCCUUGUGGAAGGAGGGCGCCAAGCUGUACGUCUGCGGCUCGAGGGGCGUCUCGCAGUCGGUCAUGGACGCCAUGAUGCGCAUCAAGAUUGAUAAUGACAGGGGGGUGCAUGGCAAGGAGACAACGGCGGAGGAAGCCAAGCAGUAUUUUGACGACUUGAGGAAUGUGCGUUACGCGACCGAUGUUUUUGAUUAAAAGGGGGUAAAUGUCUAGGGUGUUUCUUUUUUUUUUCCUGCUUGAAUGAUAAUGUCUUUGAACACAACUGUCGUACACAUCAAUUGCCUCCACUCCGUAUUUGUUUGCACGUAUUUAGCGAGCUUUAGACUUGUUUUCGUUGUUCAAAAAUGGAUUCUCUUCUUAGUAAUUUUUUGUCCUUUUCAGACUUUUUUCAAUGAAGUCUUCACACACUCUGGGGCAGCAGUUUCAAUCUUUAAGGUUGUCAAUUGCGGACAACAUUCCCCCUAAUUUAUGUCAUUCCACACCAACUAGGAAGCUUGAAUAUUGGCUUGAGGAUGUCGGUGUAUUAUUUGUUGUAACUAUAAAUUCAAAACAUGACCGAGUAACGACUGUGGAAGCAUGG